AUGGACGGCGAGGAGGAACUCGGAAACUGCUCCUUCUUGCAGGUGUCCCUCCAAUCCGAUGCGCAGCUGGACCUGCAGGAAGAAGGGAUUCGCCGCUAUGGUCCCGGUCUCGCCUCCCCAGUUCUGACCGUGAUCUGCUUCGGACUGCUCGUGCUCGUUGCCCGGGGCGCCCCAUGGCGCGAAGGCCGCGGCAGCCAAGACGGCGAAGGCUCCAAGGGUGGGCUGCCGAUCACUGUGUUGGUCCUGAUGGGCUUGACUAUGGGCCUGGACUUCUUCUGUACAGACCAGUACCAGCCGAGCAUGUUGCACAUGUCUCACCACUUUGGCGUAGCUGGCGAAGCCAUGGCAUCCACCAUCCAGAUCCACCAGAUGUGCUGCGCCCUGGCAAUGCCUUGUGUUGGGCGUUGGCUGUGCAAGCAUGGCAUACGGCCUAUGAUCCUUUGCUGCCAGCUGUUCUUUGCUGCAAGCACGCUGAGCUGUGCCUUCUCUCCUUCCUUCGGCUGGUUUGCGGCAGGACGCGCGCUCCAGGGGAUAUCGGCAUCUUCCAGCGUGGCCAUCUCAGCCAUGCUCAGUGCUGCGUACACCGACCGGCGCGAGAUGCUGCGAGCGGCGAACCUGGUUUCGUGCAUCGCCCUAGUGGGGCACAUUGCCGGUCCUGCGGCGGGAGGGUUUCUGGCCUCGGCUUUCGGCUGGCGAUUUGGAUUCCUAGCCGUCUUCUGCCUGGCAGCCCUGAUCACCUUGGCAAACUACCUGCUGCUACCCGACCUGACCACAGAGAAGGCGCCGGAGGCGCCCACGGCCACAGAGGGUGGAAACGGGCGCAUCCUGUGGCGACAGCUCUUGGUACUGAUGGGGCUCAGCCUUUUGAGGGGCAGCUCCUAUGUUGUGAUGUCCACGAACAGCUUCGUCUUCGAGGCCCACUAUGGUCUGAGUAUCCAGCGGGCCGCCCUCCUCAUGUCCGUCCUGGUGGCUGCUGGAGCCUUUGGCAUGGCGGCCUCCACUACGCUGGGCUUCUCACCCACGGAGGCGUUGAACCUCUUUUCCCCUCUGCUGGUGCUGUCCGCCGGCUACAUGGCACUGGUGGCCACUCUCAUGAUCUCGGACAACCCCCUGACGUAUAUGUCUGGGGUGGCCUUGCAUCAGUUUUUGGCGCACGGGCCAACAUGGGCGGUCCUAGCAGAGGCCCAGCAAGACUCGGGGCUGGAUGACGCAGGCCUCCCUCCCCACGUCUACGCCGGGAUGAUGAACGCCUUUGCCUCCAUGCUCUCGUUGUUCGGGUUGGGUGCCAUUAAAGGCGGGCCCUCGACGGUCCUGUACGUGCUUGCCAUCAUGUCCUUUACCUCGCAGGCAUGCAUCCGUGCAGGAAGCCUAUGGGCUGCUGCCAAACAACUCGCGCGCCAAGCGUUUGCGGAUUCGGGGGCUGAGUUCAAGCCGAUUGACGAAUGA